AAGCCGCAUACUAGAAAGUCCAUAAAACUAUAAUAUUCUCCCUCCAUUAUUUUUCUUCAAUCUUUUUUCAUUGACAAUUUUUUCAUUGAUUUCUGUAAAGUUGUCAGAGACAUUAGCAUCCACAGAAGCAGAAACAACAGAGGUGCAGUCAUAAAAUAAGGACCAGACUCGCUCAGAACCCAGCUUGGAGUUUUUAUUCAUGCACAGGAGAUUCUGCAAACAAUGGAUUCUGCAAAAACAUACAUAUAUAUGUAUGUAUAUACAUAUACACACAGAAACAGCUCAACAACAACAAAGCUUACUCCUCGAGGAUGAUGAGUGCAAGAAACAGGUGCCCUUUUACAGCAAUACAAUGGCAAGAACUUGAACACCAAGCUCUCAUCUUCAAAUACUUAGUAUCAGGAGUCCCUGUCCCACCUGAACUCAUUUGCUUUGUCAAAAGAAGCUUGCAAUACUCUUCUGUCUCCUCAAGGCUUUUUCCCCACCAACCCAUUGGGUGGGGAUAUUUUCAAAUGGGUUUUGGGAGAAAAGCAGAUCCAGAACCAGGGAGAUGCAGAAGAACAGAUGGGAAAAAAUGGAGGUGCUCAAAAGAGGCAUACCCAGAUUCUAAGUACUGUGAGAGACACAUGCAUAGAGGAAGAAAUCGUUCAGGAAAGCCUGUGGAAGUUACUAAUAUAUCAGCACCAUCAUCAUCAUCAUCAUCAUCAUCAUCAUCAUCCUCAUCAUUAUCGUCAUCAAUCUCUUCACUUUCAUCAGUCAAGAGAAACUUUCCUAAUAUUCCACCCACCACCACUACUAUAUCAUCAUCACCUUUCUCUUCAACAUCUGAUUUAUAUUCCCAUACCCACAACGAUCUCUCCCACCUCAACCCUUUCCUUUAUUCUUCUUCCUCUAGGCUUCACCAUCCCGAUUCUGAUUUGUCACUUCAGAACAACACAACUCAUCACAACUUUUUGGAUUUUGGGUCUUCUCAGUCACAGACUGAUAAGGAUUUCAGGUAUUUUGAAGGUACAAGCGAGGGCAUGGAUGAGAAAAGUUUUAAAAGUUUUUUCCCAGAAGCUUCAGGGAGUAUAAGAAACUUCAACAAUUCAUAUCAACAACAGCCAUGGACGACUUCCUACAAGAGCUUUCCCUCUCAAGAACCAUCAAUACAGCAUCUCCAAACUCUUGCUUAUAAUCCAAACCAGUUACACCACCACGAUCAGCAGCAUUGUUUUGUUCUGGGUGCGGAUAUGAGGUCACCAACUAGGCCAAUCAAAGUAGAGAAAGAAGAGUCCAAGAAACCACUUCACCACUUCUUUAGGGAAUACCCACCAAAUUAAUCACGAAAUCAACUCUCAUGUUCCUUUUUUUUUUUUUUUUUUUUUCCCUUUCAUGAAACGGUACCCUUGUUCGUGAAGAUAAUGUUGCAAAGGCCACAAUGAUGAAGCUUUAUACUAUGGCCGAAAAAGUACUCGGCUCGGCUGCAGAGGUCUGUGCAAAAUUGUGGCCAGCAGAGGUUGAUUAAUAAUGUAGGGCCAGUAGCAGAUUGCUUUCUCGAACAUAUAUGUCUGUGUGUGUUAUGAGAGUGUUUUAGAAAUGCUUCUUUUGACUGCAUGCAAAAUAUU